AUGAGGAUGGUGUUUGCAGUUAUGAGUUGUAUUAUUUUAUUAUGUAUAGUGAAACUUGGCCAGUCUGCACUUAGCAUAAAGUCGCUGUUGAACAAAGAUGCUUUGACUCGUUGGAGAAGCGGAAAUAAGGUAUGGGAAGAGAAAAGUUAUCGCUUUGGCGCUCCUCCUCCAAACAUAGACGAGGUUUUGUCCACAUACCAUAAGGAAUAUGAGCAGAAGACAACGGACGAUGAAAAGCAAGUGCUGCUGGCGCAUCUUGGGCGCAUCGCCUUCUACAUGCGGCUUUACAAGCUUUACACGAUGGACACAAGAACCGCCACCCCAAUACCGCUUAGCAGCUUUCCACAACCUCCGUUGUCCGCACUCUAUGAGAAUAUCGCCAAGCCCUGCCGCCAGGGUUUCCUGACUUGCAUAAAGGCGUUGUACUCAAAGAUAAUAACGGCUGACUUCUUUGACAGCGGCUUUUUUGUUAGCGGGAGAAACGUGACCCUCUGGCGUCGGGUGGACAAUUUGCCUGAUAUAAACUACUAUCGGCCGUUCGCUAACGCGGAUGAAUACUUCGAAUUUUCUACGACUGCUUCCUAUUUUCUUUGUUGGUAUACAAUGUUGGGGCUUCCGGUUCUGCGGCACCUGCCGUACUGCGGCUAUUCUGACAAAUGGUUCAUCGGAUUCAAUGACUAUUUCGCUGCGUACGUUACUCAUAAACUUUUGCUAACGGAGAGGAUGAAAGUAACUGCAGUCAUCGACGAGUUGGAUCCAGAGCCGUUUCGCUGUGCGAGGUUGAGUUUUUGCCCUGAUCCAUGCUGUUCCCGGAAGAAAUUGGUGCAGCCGGAAUGCGCGAAGGAUCCGUUAAAUAUUUGUACAAAACUGCAAAGGCCUGGCUGUCAUCUGGACAUGCUGAACAAUUAUCAUUUCUAUGACCUCAUUGAUAACAGGCUGAACAUGAGCUGCGAGUGUCAAGAACGCGGUAUGCGAUUCGAUUCCCAGGCACAGGUAUGUGUCGAUGUAGACGAGUGCAUUGAAGACAGCGCUAAGUGCAACCAGGCGAACACCGUGUGCGUAAACACCGUUGGAGGGUACCAGUGCGUCUGCCGUGCUGGCUUUGUCGAUCGCUCUGGCCUCUGUGUCUACCAAUACGAGUCCUUGAAUGGUCCUCCAUCAGGCGGAGGCUCAAGAGCUGAGUUGUGGUUUGCAUGGGGAAUUUUUUUGUUUUUUGUCGAGCUUUCGACUUUUGCUCUUAUGUCCAUCUGUGACUUUUAG